UAGCGGGUGUGUUCGUGUGUUUGCGUGUGCGUAAGGGGGUUUAGUGGGCGGAUUGCAGAACGACACGGGGGGUAGACCCCUGACAGCAGAGAUGUGUGUGCGCGCACACACGUACUCAGCGGAGAUGUGGACACACUCACACAGAUGCAAAUAAAAUCAGUGAAGCCGUAGUGAGACUUUUUUUGGGGGGGUUGUGCCUUCAUUCACGAACUUUUCUUUGGUCCACUGUGACGCACGCGUGAUUCUGCCUGUUUUUACGCACCAACUUUGGAUCGCAGGAGGAGGCCACGCGGAGAGAAGAGGAGCAAGGAGGGAGCUCCCGACAAGCAGACGAUGUGAUGUGAGCCCCCUACCCCCCUACGUGGAAGCAAAAGAAAAAGCUCUCCAAAUGACCAUCACUGCGCCACCCGAGUACCACUGCGGGCUCAACGGGUGAGCGUGACCGCUCUGUUUGGCGUGGCCGCUUGGAGCCGUGCACGGUCCAACUCACCCAUGCCUUCAGUGGCAUAGUUCGGAAUACUUCUUUUUUGGGGGGAGGAGGAAGUCAGGAUGAUGCGCGGCACCCUGAGCGCACUGAUCCUUUGCCGCUUGGUUCUGAUGGUCCGAGGCGACCCGUGGAGGAUCAGACCGGACUCAAGCAACUGUGAGCUCAACAAGAAACAAACUGACUUAAACUCCUUCUUGUGGACUAUCAAACGGGACCCUCCUUCGUAUUUCUACGGCACUAUCCACGUUCCCUACACUCGUGUGUGGGACUUCAUCCCCGAGAACUCCAAGCAGGCCUUCCAGGAGAGCAACAUAGUCUACUUUGAGCUCGACCUGACUGAUCCUUACACCAUCUCGGCCCUGACCAGCUGCCAGCUGCUUCCUCAGGGCGAGAACCUGCAGGACGUUCUACCCAGAGACAUCUAUCGCAGACUCAAGAGGCACCUGGAGUAUGUCAAACUCAUGAUGCCCUCAUGGAUGACGCCAGAUCAGAGAGGGAAGGGACUCUACGCGGACUACCUCUUCAACGCCAUCGCUGGAAACUGGGAGAGGAAGCGGCCUGUCUGGGUCAUGCUGAUGGUUAACUCGCUCACUGAGGCGGACAUUAAGACUCGAGGCGUGCCGGUGCUGGACUUGUACCUGGCACAGGAAGCAGAGAGGAUGAGGAAAAGGACAGGAGCUGUGGAGAAGGUGGAGGAACAGUGUCAUCCCCUCAACGGCCUCAAUUUCUCCCAGGUGAUCUUUGCCCUCAACCAGACUUUAUUACAGCAGGAGUCUUUAAGGGCCGGUAGCCUUCAGGUCCCAUAUACGACAGAAGACCUCAUCAGGCACUACAACUGCGGAGACCUCAACUCCAUCAUCUUCAACCGUGACACCUCACAGGUCCCAAACUUCAAUAAUGUAACGUUGCCGCCCAGCGAGCAGGUGACCGCCCAGGAAAUAGACAGCUACUUCAGGCAGGAACUCAUCUACAAGCGGAACGAGCGGAUGGGCAAAAGGGUGAAAGCCCUGCUGGAAGAGAACACGGACAAGAUCUUCUUCUUUGCCUUUGGAGCAGGUCACUUCCUGGGUAACAAUACAGUAAUUGAUGUGCUUCGUCGUCAAGGAUACGAGGUGGAGCACACCCCGGCCGGGCAGUCCAUAAACAGGAGAUCCUCGUUCACAUCAGAUUUCACUGAGCCAGAAGAUCAACAUGACGAGUCUUCUUUCCUGGAGCCUUUUCUGCAUGAACUCCCAGAACGGGAGCAGGAUCAGGGCCGGUACCUGCAGGACGAACGGUUGACCCACGUGCUUUUGCCUUCGGACAGCCUGGAACUGCUGGAGAAAGCGGAGAAGAAGAUGCUGAAGAAAAGAAGGAGAAACAAGCAGAAGAAGCAGAGGCACAGGCAUUUCAAUGAUCUCUGGGUCCGCAUAGAAGAGAGCGCCGCGGCCCAGUCGCUGCCAACCCCCCGCGUCAUCGACGGUUACAUCACAGCGAAGCCUCCCGGUCGAGACUUGAACCACUACGACUAUUACAACUUGCCGUCCGCCUCGUCGCUGUGUUCAUGCUCACUCCUCCUGCUGUGCGCCUCCCUGGCGCUCACCCAUCACAUGUGGACCACGUUGCUCUAGCGUCGCGUUCGUUGCGCUCCCGCUACAGCACGAGAGAAAUCUUACGGGCUCCUUUGGUGAAGGCGCGGAGGAGAUGUCAUCAAAACGGCGGAUCGUAGAAUUGGGAGGGCAAUAUAACUCAGUGUUUGAGCGGUUUCUGUUGUCAAAAAAAUGAAACAAACAGAAAUAUGCUAAAUCAGCUUCUUUCUUUGAUUGACAGCACAAACAGAAAUACGUAUCACUUACUGAAAUUUGCUAAUUUGUUCCAACUGCAACAUGAGUGUGUGUGUGCGUGUGUGUGUGUGAUCGAUCAGCUCUUACGUCCCCUGGCCUCGCAGUGUUUCCGGAUUUUAAAAUAUUCUUCCAUUUUAGAAGAAUCUGAAUUUGUGCUUACACUAUGUUACAAACGGCCAAUGUCAGGGGAAAUAUGUACAGUAUAUGUUGUCUCAUAUGAUAGAUGUAUUUUAGAAUUAUUAAUAAAAAGGAAUAUCACAUGUUGUUUAUAUGGAUAUAUAAAUAGAUAUGCAGUUUGUUUGGGGUGGGGCGGGGUCUGGAAUGAACCACCACAAAUCAUGAUGAUAUUAUUGGACUUUGUGUAUCUGCGUUAAUCACUUGAUUGGGUGUAUGUGUCCAAUUUGACAUUUUUUUAUGUAUUUGUUUAAUUUAUUUAACGACCUUAGUUUUGCUUUUAAGAUGAGUGACAGAUUCCAAGUGUUUUUAUAGUAUCUGGUCUUACUGGCACAUAUUUUUUUUUUUGCCAUCGUUAUAACUUCUCGCCAGGUGAAGAGCAUGUAUCCUUAAAAUGUUUUUGUUUUGUUUUUUUGUGUUGAAAACAAAGAUGACAAGUUACCUCCCUCAAAAGCAAAAUGAAGGUGCGACAUAUUGUUUCGCCUUUGUUGCUGCUUUUAUUAGAAUGCUGUCAACCGAUAUCAUUACGAUAUGCUGGUAACGUUUGUAAGAACUCAUUAAUAGAGUGCAAAUGGAAUAAAGUGUCUCAUUAACAUUCACCACAGUCGUGUGCAGCUUCACAUCACUUUGUGGCACCGCUUGUAGCAAGAAAAAAUCAUCACAAUAUACUUCAUUCUGUUUUGUUUACGGUACUGUUACCCCCCAGGAAACACCUCAGCCCAAAGUUAGCCUUAACACUCGUUCCUGCGAGACUUGCGGGGGCAGAGCCGUGCCAUGAAUCGCGACACUUUGUGAGUAAUUGACCAAUCCCCCCUCCAAAAAAACAAAAAAACCCCAAGGUUUAUAAUUGCUUAUAAAUGCAACAAGAUGCCGGCAAAAUACUACUUUUGUAUUUGACAGGGAUAUGGCCUAAGCUUAACCCCCACUUCAACAUAGUUCCUUGCUACCAAGGUACCACAAGACGGUACCAAAGCAAUUACUAUAUCUUAAAAUUGGUGAUUUGGCCUGAGUGCAAAACGGCAAAUAGGUUGUUUUGUACCCAUUUUUUUGUAACCCCUCCUCUCCCCCACCCCCGAAAGACUUUUUGUCAGAAAGAAAAAUAAUGACAUUUUGAGAAACAUGCUUUUCAGUGAUCUGAGACAAUGUAAUGACAGUAGCCAAAGUGCAUUUUGGUUACAGCAAAAGAUGCUUGUAAUAGCGUUACCAUGUCCAGAAUAAAAUACUGUAUUUAUCUAGAUCCACACUGAA